AUGGUCCCGCUCCUUAUGGUCCCGCUCCUUCUGUAUGACUCGUCUUCAGAGAGCGGCAGUGGGAAUGGCGUCCCCGCUCUAACUCCGCCCCCCUCCACGGUCCUGGCGGCGGCGGUGGUGAGCUGUAAUGGCGUCCCUCUGGACUUCAGCGCCUCCGCCUCGUCCUCGUCGUCCUGCGAGGACCAGCCGCCGCCUCAGGCCCCGCCCCCUCCGCCCUCACGCCUGCCUGUGAGCGUGACCGUGGCCGCGGCUGCCCUGCUGGGGGCGCUACACCCGCCCCAGGAACUGCGCCGCAAGUACCCGGCCACCACCGCUCUCAGCCAAUCACACGCCUCCGAGCUGCGGCUGGAACGGGACGCCAGGGACUACGGGAGCAAGUCUCCUCAGUACAGCUCUGGUGGCAGUUACGAUGGUGUGAAGAUGGACCAGUCUGCAGAGGACCUGACCUGCCGACCGCACCAGGUGACCCCUGACGAUGACGAUGACGACCACGACGACCACGACGACACCGACAAGAUGAACGAGGCCGAGGGAGUGGACCCCGAGAGACUCAAGGCCUUCAACAUGUUUGUGCGUCUGUUUGUGGAUGAGAACCUGGACCGCAUGGUGCCCAUCUCCAAACAGCCCAAAGAGAAGAUCCAGGCCAUCAUCGAGUCCUGCUCUCGACAGUUUCCAGAGUUCCAGGAACGAGCGAGAAAACGGAUCCGGACCUACCUCAAGUCCUGCAGACGCAUGAAGAAGAACGGCAUGGAGCAAGAAAUAUCUCAGAUGGAUCUUCAAAUCACCCAAAUCAAGAUGAAUCGCUUCAAAUACUAUGGGGAAGACGUCCACGUGAAGACUGAAAUCAAAACAUACCGGACUCUAAUGACCGAGGAUGAAGAGGAGGAAGAGGAGCAGCAUGAAGAUGAGGAAGAGGAGCAGCAAGAAGAUGAGGAAGAGGAGCAGCAUGAAGAGGAGGAAGAGGAGCAGCAAGAAGAGGAGGAAGAGGAGCAGCAAGAAGAGGAGGAAGAGGAGCAGCAAGAAGAGGAGGAAGAGGAGCAGCAAGAAGAGGAGGAAGAGGAGCAGCAAGAAGAGGAGGAGAGGAGCAGCAGAGAGAAGAGGGAAGAGGAGCAGCAAGAAGAUGAGGAGGAGGAGCAGCAAGAAGAGGAGGAGGAGCAGCAAGAAGAGGAGGAAGAGGAGCAGCAAGAAGAGGAGGAAGAGGAGCAGCAAGAAGAUGAGGAAGAGGAGCAGCAAGAAGAUGAGGAAGAGGAGCAGCAAGAAGAGGAGGAGGAGGAGCAGCAAGAAGAUGAGGAAGAGGAGCAGCAAGAAGAGGAGGAAGAGGAGCAGCAAGAAGAGGAGGAAGAGGAGCAGCAUGAAGAUGAGGAAGAGGAGCAGCAUGAAGAUGAGGAAGAGGAGCAGCAAGAAGAGGAGGAAGAGGAGCAGCAAGAAGAUGAGGGAGAGGAGCAGCAAGAAGAGGAGGAAGAGGAGCAGCAAGAAGACGAGGAAGAGGAGCAGCAAGAAGAUGAGGAAGAGGAGCAGCAUGAAGAGGAGGAAGAGGAGCAGCAAGAAGAGGAGGAAGAGGAGCAGCAAGAAGAUGAGGAAGAGGAGCAGCAUGAAGAGGAGGAAGAGGAGCAACAAGAAGAGGAGGAAGAGGAGCAACAAGAAGAGGAGGAAGAGGAGCAGCAUGAAGAGGAGGAAGAGGAGCAGCAAGAAGAGGAGGAAGAGGAGCAGCAAGAAGAUGAGGGAGAGGAGCAGCAAGAAGAGGAGGAAGAGGAGCAGCAUGAAGAUGAGGAAGAGGAGCAGCAAGAAGAUGAGGAAGAGGAGCAGCAUGAAGAUGAGGAAGAGGAGCAGCAAGAAGAUGAGGAAGAGGAGCAGCAAGAAGAGAGGGAGAGGAGCAGCAAGAAGAGGAGGAAGAGGAGCAGCAAGAAGAGAGGAAGAGGAGCAGCAAGAGAAGAUGAGGAAGAGGAGCAGCAUGAAGAUGAGGAAGAGGAGCAGCAAGAAGAGGAGGAAGAGGAGCAGCAAGAAGAUGAGGAAGAGGAGCAGCAUGAAGAGGAGGAAGAGGAGCAACAAGAAGAGGAGGAAGAGGAGCAACAAGAAGAGGAGGAAGAGGAGCAGCAUGAAGAGGAGGAAGAGGAGCAGCAAGAAGAGGAGGAAGAGGAGCAGCAUGAAGAUGAGGGAGAGGAGCAGCAAGAAGAGGAGGAAGAGGAGCAGCAAGAAGAGGAGGAAGAGGAGCAGCAAGAAGAUGAGGAAGAGGAGCAGCAUGAAGAUGAGGAAGAGGAGCAGCAAGAAGAGGAGGAAGAGGAGCAGCAAGAAGAUGAGGAAGAGGAGCAGCAUGAAGAGGAGGAAGAGGAGCAACAAGAAGAGGAGGAAGAGGAGCAACAAGAAGAGGAGGAAGAGGAGCAGCAUGAAGAGGAGGAAGAGGAGCAGCAAGAAGAGGAGGAAGAGGAGCAGCAAGAAGAUGAGGGAGAGGAGCAGCAAGAAGAGGAGGAAGAGGAGCAGCAUGAAGAUGAGGAAGAGGAGCAGCAAGAAGAUGAGGAAGAGGAGCAGCAUGAAGAUGAGGAAGAGGAGCAGCAAGAAGAUGAGGAAGAGGAGCAGCAAGAAGAGGAGGAAGAGGCGCAGCAAGAAGAGGAGGAAGAGGAGCAGCAUGAAGAUGAGGAAGAGGAGCAGCAUGAAGAUGAGGAAGAGGAGCAGCAAGAAGAGGAGGAAGAGGAGCAGCAAGAAGAUGAGGGAGAGGAGCAGCAAGAAGAGGAGGAAGAGGAGCAGCAAGAAGAGGAGGAAGAGGAGCAGCAAGAAGAUGAGGAAGAGGAGCAGCAUGAAGAUGAGGAAGAGGAGCAGCAAGAAGAGGAGGAAGAGGAGCAGCAAGAAGAUGAGGAAGAGGAGCAGCAUGAAGAGGAGGAAGAGGAGCAACAAGAAGAGGAGGAAGAGGAGCAACAAGAAGAGGAGGAAGAGGAGCAGCAUGAAGAGGAGGAAGAGGAGCAGCAAGAAGAGGAGGAAGAGGAGCAGCAAGAAGAUGAGGGAGAGGAGCAGCAAGAAGAGGAGGAAGAGGAGCAGCAUGAAGAUGAGGAAGAGGAGCAGCAAGAAGAUGAGGAAGAGGAGCAGCAUGAAGAUGAGGAAGAAGAGGAGCAGCAUGAAGAGGAGCAGCAUGAAGAUGAGGAAGAGGAGCAGCAAGAAGAUGAGGAAGAGGAGCAGCAUGAAGAGGAGGAAGAGGAGCAGCAAGAAGAGGAGGAAGAGGAGCAGCAAGAAGAGGAGGAAGAGGAGCAGCAAGAAGAGGAGGAAGAGGAGCAGCAAGAAGAGGAGGAAGAGGAGCAGCAAGAAGAGGAUGAAGAGGAGCAGCAAGAAGAGGAGGAAGAGGAGCAGCAAGAAGAUCAGGAAGAGGAGCAGCAAGAAGAUGAGGAAGAGGAGCAGAAUGAAGAGGAGGAAGAGGAGCAGCCAGAAGAGGAGGAAGAGGAGCAGCAUGAAGAGGAGGAAGAGGAGCAGCCAGAAGAGGAGGAAGAGGAGCAGCAAGAAGAUGAGGAAGAGGAGCAGCAAGAAGAUGAGGAAGAGGAGCAGCAAGAAGAUGAGGAAGAGGAGCAGAAUGAAGAGGAGGAAGAGGAGCAGCAUGAAGAGGAGGAAGAGGAGCAGCAAGAAGAGGAGGAAGAGGAGCAGCAUGAAGAGGAGGAAGAGGAGCAGCAAGAAGAGGAGGAAGAGGAGCAGCAUGAAGAGGAGGAAGAGGAGCAGCAAGAAGAGGAGGAAGAGGAGCAGCAAGAAGAUGAGGAAGAGGAGCAGCAUGAAGAGGAGGAAGAGGAGCAGCAAGAAGAGGAGGAAGAGGAGCAGCAUGAAGAGGAGGAAGAGGAGCAGCAAGAAGAGGAGGAAGAGGAGCAGCAUGAAGAGGAGGAAGAGGAGCAGCAUGAAGAGGAGGAAGAGGAGCAGCAAGAAGAUGAGGAAGAGGAGCAGCCAGAAGAUGAGGAAGAGGAGCAGCAUGAAGAGGAGGAAGAGGAGCAGCAAGAAGAGGAGGAAGAGGAGCAGCAUGAAGAGGAGGAAGAGGAGCAGCAAGAAGAGGAGGAAGAGGAGCAGCAUGAAGAGGAGGAAGAGGAGCAGCAUGAAGAGGAGGAAGAGGAGCAGCAAGAAGAUGAGGAAGAGGAGCAGCCAGAAGAUGAGGAAGAGGAGCAGCAUGAAGAGGAGGAAGAGGAGCAGCCAGAAGAGGAGGAAGAGGAGCAGCCAGAAGAGGAGGAAGAGGAGCAGCCAGAAGAGGAGGAAGAGGAGCAGCAUGAAGAGGAGGAAGAGGAGCAGCAUGAAGAGGAGGAAGAGGAGCAGCAAGAAGAGGAGGAAGAGGAGCAGCAUGAAGAGGAGGAAGAGGAGCAGCAAGAAGAGGAGGAAGAGGAGCAGCAUGAAGAGGAGGAAGAGGAGCAGCAUGAAGAGGAGGAAGAGGAGCAGCAAGAAGAUGAGGAAGAGGAGCAGCCAGAAGAUGAGGAAGAGGAGCAGCAUGAAGAGGAGGAAGAGGAUCAGCAAAAAGAGGAGGGAAGAGGAGCAGCAUGA